AUGCCACGCAUGGGAUUGUCCCUUCGUGAUCCGGGACAAGCGGCAGCAGUGCGGCGGCAGAGGAGAGCUGCCACGCCGAAUGGGAAAUUGGAUUUGAUAGCGACUGUUCAAGGUUGGGUUGCGUGGGGGUUGCUUUGCGAUGGUGGUUGGAGGCCGUUGUUGAGAGUCAAGAGGGGGACUCAAGAAGUUAACAAAGUCGAGUUAAGUCUCCUGAGAAAUUGA